GGCCUCUCCCCCUGCCCCCCGGUGUGGGGCCCCAAAAGCUCCCUACAUCCCCCUCUCCCCCCCAUUUCCGGCUGCAUCCCCCUGCCCGCCUCUUCCUUUGCCUCUCCCCCUCCUCCCAUCCUCCCCUCUCGUCAAACACAUUCACACACCAUGGAGGACAACCCUGCCGAUGAGUACCGCGUAGAACCGCGGCCCGAUGACGCGGCCAUCGACCGUGUCCCCUCCGCCGGAUCACUGCCGGUGGAGGAUGGCGAGGGCGAGGACCCCGACACCGGAUCGGUGCCCGAGUCCCCGGACGCCGAGCUCGACCCGAAUGCCAGUCUCCGCCAGCGGAUUCGCGAGAUCAUGAUCAAUUCCGAGCUCUCUGAAACCGAGAAGGCCCGGCGUGUGCAGGCCCUCUUUACUACCGGCCAUGUGUAUGGCGACGAGUCCCCUGGCGAAGACGUCCCCGACACUGUGUCGUGUGACGACGUCAAUGACCAGGACCCCGAAGCCCCGUCUGCUUGCCUGAAGAAGGCCACCACCGUGCCUCAGCCGCUGGUUCUCAGCCAUUACCAGGAUGGCACGAUGUUUCCCUUCCCCCAAAGUGGCCCGGCUGAUGGGGUGUCUCCGGCGAUCCCUGCCGGCACGCAUCUCGGCUGCCGGCACUACCAGUCGAGCGUCCUCCUGCUGGUGAACUGCUGCAACUCCUGGUUCCCAUGUCGCCUGUGCCAUGACGACACGGACAUCCAGCAGCACUUCCGCGCGACCGCUGCCAAGUUCGCCCGGCAAGCUGGCCGGCCCGAGCCCCCGCAGCUCAUCUGCCCGGAGACUGUCGACCGGUACAGCAUCACCACCAUGUGCUGCACUCGCUGUGGAACGGUCCAGCCGGUUGGCCAGCACUGCACCGCCUGCGACACGGACAUCUCGGAUUACUAUUGCGACGUGUGCCAUCUCUUCCAGACUGGGGCCAAGCGCAGCAUCUUCCAUUGUGAACACUGCCGGAUCUGUCGGAUUUCCGAUGGCCAGAGCUUCCACUGCUUCGACUGCGGUGUCUGCAUCGACUAUCAGGGGAAAGAUGACCACCUGUGUGUCAAAAAUCUGCUGGACCACCACUGCCCCAUCUGCAAUGAGUACCUGGCACAUUCGAUUGCCAAUUCCUGCAUUUUGCCCUGCCACCAUCCCAUCCACACGGAGUGUCUAAACUCCAUGCUUGGCAACAAUAUCUACCAGUGCCCGAUUUGCAAGGCCACCUGCGUGGACAUGUCUAUUGAGUGGCUUCGGCGCGAUUUGCUGCACUUCUUCCUUCGCUUCCCGACCGAUCUCCGCAGCUGGAAGGUUCUGGUUGGCUGUAAUGACUGCAAGAAAAAGACUGUCACCUUCUAUUCGCACUUUCCCCGCUGUGGACACUGCCCCUCAUACAAUGUCAGCGAACUGAUGGCCCAUCGGGAGGCCGAUGUUCCGGAGCCGGAUUGGUGUGAUCCCGGCGAGCGCGGCCUCUCCGCCGAGGGAGUGGCAUAUCGCUUUGGCGACCCGGUCAUCGAAAAGCGCCUGGAUGAUCUCUACGACAAACGCACCCCGGAUCAGCGUCUGGCCACCAUUCAGUUCGGUGACAUGCUCACCAGCAUGACCGCCCAGUCGAUAUCGGUCAGCGUGCGCGCUCAGCUCGAAGGCGGCGAUGGCUCCGCUCCAUUGGACUUCCUCAGUGCCCUGAGUUCCUUGGCCGGUCAGGAUGAAGAUCAUGACCACGACCACGACCAUGACCAUGACCAUGACCACGACCACGACCAUGACUAUGACCACGACCACGACCAUGACUAUGACCAUGACCACGAUCACGACCACGACCACGACCAUGAUUUUAGUCAGGAUGAGGACAGCGAAGCUGCCACCAUGUCCGAUGAGGAUGGUCACGAAUUCACCGAUGCCCUUGAGGAAGAUGCGGCCCUGAUGCCGGGUGCCCGAAUCUCGGCGGCCCCCUCCUCGGCCAGGUCGGAUGUGUCAUCCGGGGAGAGCCUGGUCCUCGUGGAGAAUGAAGUCCGCUCCGAAUCAGGGUCUCUCCCCCCGGCGGGUGGUGACCAGGACUUUGUCAUCUUGUCCCCGCCCCCCGAGUUGGCCAUUGAGUCGGCGGCCAGUGAGUCCUCAUCGGAGGCACUGGUCCCUGAUGCAGGACAACAGGAGCCGGCACAUGCUGACCAUGACACCGAUGAGGAGAGCCACUCGCCAUCGCGCCACUCCGCCGCCGCGUUGGUCCCCGAGCUGGCUGGCGAUUUGUACGAGUCCUCCCUGACGGCGGACCAGCUUUCGGACGCCAUCGAUCGAAUCCGCAAGGAGAUUGCCGACGAGGAUGACGAUGAGCACUCCGUCAUUGUGGAGACACUGCGGCUGAUCAAGCUGGCUGAGGCCGGCGAGGUUCUGCCCCACACACCCUGCGGGCCGCCAUCCAAGGUCAUUGAGAAGAUGCUGGUUCUCUACCCGGCCAUCCACAUUCUCUUCCGCCAGCGCCUGACCAACCGGCGGCCUUGAAGCAAGGGCGGCCCCUCUGGUGGGUAUAGCCAUCACUGGCUGGGGGAAUAGACUGCAUCUGCGCAUGCGUGCACAGGGAAUACCCCCAGCCCGCCCUCCUCCUCCCCCCUACACACACACACACACA